GUUCCUACCACCACCUUCCCCCUCGUUUCCUGCCCUUCGACCCUUGUAAUAAUACUUUAUCGACAUGAGCGGAAAGGGAAAAGCCGGCAAAUCUUCUGGCGGCAAGGCUGGUGGUGACAACAAGUCCCAAUCCCGAUCAGCAAAGGCUGGUCUCCAAUUCCCAGUCGGUCGUGUGCACCGUCUGUUGAAGAAGGGCAACUACGCCCAGCGUGUAGGAGCUGGUGCCCCAGUUUAUCUUGCUGCCGUUCUUGAAUACCUCGCUGCUGAGAUUCUCGAGUUGGCUGGUAAUGCCGCUCGUGAUAACAAGAAGCAACGUAUUGUUCCCCGACACUUGCAACUCGCCAUCCGUAACGACGAAGAAUUGAACCGUCUCCUCGGCGACGUUGUCAUCUCGCAGGGUGGUGUCGUGCCACACAUUGCUGCUGAACUUCUCCCAAGCAAGUCCAGCCGUGGCAAGAAGGACGAGGAAGCCUAAAUGUGCUUCCAUUUCUUCUGUUAUAUUAUUACUCUUCUAUGUUUCUGGUGUUGUACCACUUGUAUUAUUACGCUGUAAAGUAUUGUCAAUUUCAUUCCUCGUAAUUACCA